CCUAACAGGUCAUAACGGAACGCUGCCUUCCCCUGGACGUGCCCCGGCAACGGCCCCAGUGUCCGUAGAGACGGUGCUGGGGAGAGGUCGCCUCCUCCCCAGCAGCACUGCCCGGCACUGGGACCGCGCUUCUCAGCCUUCCUUGAGCUGCCUGGACGCUGUCCCAACUCCACGAGUGCGUAGCACGUGAAGAGCUCCCCUGGCCUCGGCACGAUGGGCCAGCUCAACAGCCGCUCCAGGGUCGAGCCUGACCCCACGCAGGAGAGCACGCGCAGCCCAGCGUCACCGGGGCCACUGCUCUGCCAGCGCGUGCGAGUGACCCAGGGCCCUUCCACAAGCACGAGGGACCUCCUCCUCUUCCGGGAUUCCUUAGUCAUUGCCAAGACCCGGCGGGGCACCAUCCUGCACACGAAGCUCUGCCUGCCCCUACACCAGCUGUGGGUGCUGAGCAGAGGGGCGUGGGCACCCGGGGAUGCUGCCCAAGAGGAGGAAGACAAGGCCACCAGAUCCCUCAUCCUCAGCUGGCCCUACGGAUUCUGUGUCAUCACUUUCCAGCCAUCAGAGGGAGUCGACGGAGCCUGCGUGACCCAGCUGUCCUCCUUCAACCUCCUGCUGCAGGACCUGAGGGGCCGCAAAGCUGAAACACAGCUGACCACCAGGAGCCUGCAGAGCUUCAUCAAGGACCAGGCAGUGGCUGGUCCUCCGUAGCAGGCACCUCCAGGCCCCUCUGGAAGCAAAGAUGGACGUGGAUACUCAGCUGGUAAGUUGGGAGAAGAUGAUUGUGGCAUGGCCCUUCUCUCCUACUCUUGCAGGAGGGCACUCACGCUGCACUGGGGCUGCUGCCUUUGCCACAGGGCACAUCCGUCCCCCUCCCUCUGCAGCGGGAUAGACCGGUGGAGCCCCAGACCCCCUCAUUCCCAAAAAACACCUCUCCCAGACACUCGGCAUUGGGUAAAACACAGAGAGCAUUUGGAGUGUUGACGGUGCACUUCUCCAUUGCUCUUUGCUCUCUUUGCCUUGGCAGCAGGUGGGACCGUCAGGAGAUGGAGAGGGCUGCACUGGCACUUGGCAUGGCAAGGGAUCUCAGCUGCUGCACAGGGGCCCGGGCUACCGGGCUCUGACAGCAGGGAGGGUCUCUCUGGCCCACUACCGGCGGGUCUUUGCACCCAGGACACAACACUGCCCCAGCCCAUUCAGGUAAGCAAGCAUGGCCAGAAAAUCCCCAACCCACCAGCUCCUGCAAAGCGGCCACAUCCCAAGCAACGAGAGACCGUGUGGGGCUUGGAGACAAAGCUGGCUCAUCUCCACUUCCCUCACCUCCAGGCCACCAUUCUCACCCACCCCGGGCACGGCAAAGGGUGCUUGACCCAUUCUCAGCCACCUAGCUGGAAACCAAUAGUUUAUUCUGUGCAGAUCACACAGCUGCUGGGUGUCCUCACACAACACUGGCAACUGCCUCGGCUGAGCUGAGCAAACCUAUCCAAGGGAUUUGCCUUUCAGAGCUAAGGUAACCAUUGGGCACGUAGGCCCUUGCCACCUGUUAACUUCCACAUUUCCAUUGCAGGUGCCUCCAGUCGCUCCUGAGAACCAACUCCUAAAGAGCUCCUCUCCUGGGGAGAGAAGAUAACAAGAGCUAACUUGCAUUAAGAGCAGAACUGGUUCACGUUGACUAUGCCUUUAUCUGUCUUAACAACGCUCUUGAAUGCAAAGCCUGCCAGGCUCCUCACAAGGCAACAGAAAGCAAAAAGCAGCCCGUGAAGAGGGGAGCGAUAGGCAAGCAGGCACCAAGAGGAGAAGGCUGGAAACAGCUCCAAGGACGGGCACCAGAGCCUGGGGGAACUCAGGGGAAUGCAGCCCUGAACUGCAGCCUAAAGGGAAAUGCUGCAGAAAUCACAAAGCACCCAUCCAUGGGGUGAAGCCCCCUUCCCACCAGCAGAGCUGAAGCGGACGAAAGAGACCGAAACCAUAUGAUCCUAAUUUCCCUUCAGAUAGAACUGUAUAUAGAGCUGAUAUCCUUGGAUGCUUCAAACUGCCCUUUUCCCUUCUAGCUCACAAAACUCAAUAAGCCCAUACCCUGCAAUUCCCACAACCCUGUAUUACUAUCUCUUUCCAAAAUAAACUGUCGU